AUGGAAGAGGACAAUCCAAAUACGAUCUUUUAUCUAAAGAUAAAAGCAUUUAUUCCACUUGAUGAAAAAAUCAAAACAUAUAUUGAUGAAUUUGAGAAGGAGCAAGUAAUAUUUAUAACUGGAAAAUUCGUCGCAUGUGAAGGAUGGUAUUCGGUGAGCGCAACCUCAAUAAAAUUAAUGCCAGAACUAGAUUUUGACACGAUGCCAAAUAUUGGAAUCAAUGUAACAUUGACAGAACCAAAGGAUUUCUGGUUAGAAGUUCAACAUGAAACAAAUAAUGAAUAUCUAGCUAAAAAAACAAAUGCAAUCAAUCUAAAUAUCAGAUCUACAACUGCAAUCCUAAUUGUAACUACAAAUCGUCCUAAUACUAAUGAUAGAAAGAAAACACUUAAUGUUCCAUGGAUGAAUACACCAACAAAUUCAAACAGAAAUCGUUCAUCAAGAGUACCAAGUGGUGCACAAAUUCAAGCCACCCAAGAAGAAACACAAAUCCAACCUACUGAAUAA